UCGAGAAAAAAUCUUCAAGUCAGCCCACCGAAACUGCCUUUGUCAAUUUGGGCUUCUUGGUCAAUCCUUAGCUAGUUAGUUAGGGAUCAACCUCGUUUGCUGUUCCGAAAUCGAUCGGUGAAUUUCAUGUGAUUUGAAGUUGGAAUCUGGAGAUUGUCUUCUUUGUGAUCGUCCAUUCUCAAUACAGACCUACUAACCAUAAAAGGGAAAACGAAUUUCAAUGCAUCCCGAGACAAAACAAGCGUGUUUAGUGACGGUUCCAUCUUCCAAGAAGGCUCGCCUAUGCAGUGAUCAGAACUUUGAAGAUAAAUUCAGCAGCUUGCAUGAGAGUAUUGUUAGCAGAAUUCUAAGCCAUCUUCUAACUGUUGAAGCUGUUAGUACUUCUGUGUUGUCAAAGUCAUGGAGGAACAUGUGGACAAGCAUCACAGAGUUACAGUUUGAUGAUAAAAUUCACAGGGAUCCGAGUGAUUCUCGAUUUACUGACUUUGUUGAUCGUGUGAUUGGAAACAUCGGAAGUCAUCCUAUUAACAGUUUCCAUCUACGUUCUGUUAAUUCUUACGAUGAGGCUCUUCUCAUCUCGUGGUUGUCUGAGGUUCUAAAGCGCAACCUUCAGAGACUUGUUAUCACUUGCCACGAACUUGACAGCGUAAACUUUUCACCACUCUUUCCUAGUUUUGGUUCUCUUGUAGAGUUAAGGCUUCGUACAAAGAGCAUUCUUGACAUUUCGGCUCCAGCUCUUCUCCCUAAACUUAAGUUCCUUAGUCUCGAGGAUGCUAGAAUCUUCAACUUGUCUUCCGUCUCAACGAACCUCGUUCUGAACUUCCCUGUCUUGGAAACUUUUGAAGCCUCUUAUAGCCGCUGCUUUAGAACUGAUACUGUGAUCCUAGAUUCUCCAUUGCUCAGGAUCUUUGAGAUGUUCAAGUGUACCUCUGUACACGUACCAAAUGCUUCUCAAGUGUGUAAGAUCAGGGUGUUAGCUUCAAACCUUGAGAAAAUCACAUUCUCCGGGAACGAUUCCCGAAAGAUUCGUCUUUCUUUUCCACCGUCUUUACCUGAAGCUUAUCUUGCCCUCAGCAGAUCACAUUGGUCCAAGAAGUUUCUAAGUAGCUUCACGUGUGUGAGGAGUUUGGGGAUCGAGCUUAGCAAGGAUUUUCAUGUGAUCAAAGUACCCAAAUUCAGACAGUUGGUUUACCUGCAUUUGAUAUACGACAUGACACGAUAUUUUAUAUUAACACAGUUCCUCGAAGCCGCACCAAUACUCGAAAUGCUCAGCAUCCGCGACCUGACAUCUCCCCGUUCAUCCCCUACUGAAAAGUUCUUGAAGGAACUACGUUCAGAAGAAUCUCCGGACUGCAUUCGAACAAUGCUCAAGGUCCUGCAAAUCAGGAAUUUUAAGCCAAACAGGCUGCAGACAUCAGUGUUGAGGUGCGUGAUGGAGAACGCUGGGAUUCUUGGAUCAGUCAUCCUUUCCUCGCCCAAUCCGAUCACAGAAGAAGCUAAAGCACAGAUCUUGUCUUAUCCUAAAGCCUCACCUCAUGCCUCUGUCUUCUUCGAAUGACCAAAAUUUAACCUUUUGGAAUUCGCAGUUCCUUGUGGGUUACGGCAAAGUUAUGUGAUCUUUAUUUCGAUUCUCACUUAAACUUUAGAAAUUAUGUUCUCUGUGGAUUCUCUGAUUGAAAGAAAAGAAUAUGUCUUUUGGACAAGGUUUAAAGACAGAAACAAGUGUUGAUGUGCCCUUAACCACAUGCCAC